AUGGAGAACUUUGCCCUGAAGGUGUCGUACAUCCCCGACGAGACGGCGGCGGCUGCUGCCACCCCGCCCCUGGGAGGGGGUAAAAGGGUCUCGGUCCCCCGUGGCCCUACCCGCUCGGGUUCCCCAGGCCUGGGGGCGCGCCCCAAACUGCAGUCGGACGUCCCUUUGCGCAUACUCGUCCCCACACAGUUUGUAGGAGCCAUCAUCGGCAAGGAGGGAGCCACGAUUCGCAAUGUCACCAAACAGACACACUCAAAGUAGGACUACUUCCCUGAUUCAUGUACACAUUCAUGUACACAACAUUCUGAUGGGGUGCAUUCAGCAGGACGCAACGUUCAGAUAGAAAUGCAGCAUGAACAACAAACACCCCUCUAUUCCAUGUAGAAUAAGGAAUCAUAUUGUCUCUUUAUGACAUUUCUAUCUGCAAUGUUUGGCUAUUGAACAUGGCCCUGAUUUAUAACCAUAAAUAUCAAUACAUUUUAUGAGCCUUGGCUUGGCAAUAUAAAGCUCACUCCCACAGAAGAAAUUACUCACUUAGCAAAAGUGAAUUUUGGCUCCAGCUAUUGAUGUGACCCUCUGAAGGCAUCUCAAGUUGAAAAACGAUGAACUUUGACCGUUGCACCCAUCCUUAGUGAUUCUGUGUUUUCUGUGGGAUUGAGCCAGUAGGAAGGGGGGACACGGGGAUUGAACCCUGGUCUCCGGUGGGGAGUAGUAUGGGACCAGCCGGUAGUGUAACCGCUAAACGACGGGCUGUUUAGAGGGUGACAAAAACAAAGACUCUUCCCUUCUAACCAUCUCUCUCUUGCCCCUCUCCAGGAUCGACAUCCACAGGAAGGAGAAUGCUGGAGCGGCAGAGAAGCCCAUCACGGUCCACUCCACCCCAGAGGGCUGCUCCAACGCCUGCAGAACCAUCAUGGAGAUCAUGCAGAAGGAGGCCCUCGACACCAAGUUGUGAGUUCAACUGGAGAACGCAUACAUAGACACACACUUUACCAGCAGGCCUCCCAAACCAUGUUGUGAGUUCAACUGCACAUGCCCAAACAGUCAUGUUAGGAUACACAACUUCUUCUAUUCUUAAUUAUUAUUCUAUAACUUGACCCAUUGAGCCGUCGUCUCUCUUUGUUUGUCUGUUUCCUCUUUCUACAGUACUGAGGAGAUUCCGCUGAAGAUUCUGGCUCACAACAACUUUGUGGGCCGACUGAUCGGGAAGGAAGGACGGAACCUAAAAAAGAUUGAAGUGGACACAGAGACCAAGAUCACCAUCUCCCCGUAA